AUGGCAUUCUUCUUGGUCGUGGAAAAACCCUAACAUUGCUCGGUGACGCUCUUUCUUCUUCUUCUUCUUCGCCCUCUCUGCAAAUGCCAUUUCUCCAGCUUUGAUGCUCCAUCCAUGGCGUCCAAAAUGGCGAUUCUCUCUCGAACUGGUACUCUAAUCAGAACCUCAAACCUCAACAAUGUCUGCUUCUUCAAGCCCAUCACCACCUUCGCAUUUCUCUCUCAAGAACCUCAGCUCGCUAAUGAACCACCAGACCUCCCUUCAACUCCACUUCCUCCGAAUCCCGCCUCUGGUAGCCCUCUUUACAAUGAGAACUGGCGUAAUCCAAUCCCCAACUCUUCUCUGACUCCGUCCUUGAUCCCCCUCGGCUUCCUCAACCAAUCCCCCAGCUCUCGCAUUCAAGCAUUGUCUCAAACGCUCGAUGUUCAGAGCUUGUUGAACGUUUUUGCCGACUGGAUGGCUUCCCAGCGCUGGGAAGAUAUGAAGCAGCUGUUUGAGUUUUGGAUUCGGUCGCUGGAUAAGAAUGGCAAACCUAAUAAGCCGGAUGUUAGCUUGUAUAACAAUUAUUUGAGGGCUAACUUGAUGGUUAACGCCACGGCUGGGGAGCUUCUGGAUCUAGUGGCUCAAAUGGAGGACUAUGCGAUCUCACCCAACACUGCAUCCUUCAAUUUAGUAUUGAAAGCGAUGUACCGGGCUAGGGAGACUGAAGCUGCUGAAAAAUUGAUAGAACGUAUGUUGCAGUCAGGAGAAGAUUCAAUGCCUGAUGAUGAAUCAUAUGAUUUAGUAAUUGGGAUGCUGUUGGCAAUGGAUCAGAUUGAUGCUGCCUUGAAAUAUAUAGAUUUGACUUUAAAAUCAGGUUAUAUGUUGUCAUUAAAAGUGUUCACUGAAUGCGUGCGGAGCUGUAUUAAUAAAGGCAGGCUGGACACGCUGGUGUCCGUAAUUGAUAGGUGCAAGACAACUACUCAGAACAAAGCUCUUUGCCCGACAUGGAACUUGUGUAACUAUAUUGCUGAAGUAGCAAUGCAAGAGGAUAAUAGUAAACUAGCUUAUUAUGCUCUAGAAUUUAUGGCCAGAUGGAUUGCUCGGGGUGAAAAUGCAAGGCCUCCAGUUCAUCUUUCAGUGGAUGAAGGAAUGGUUGUAUCGGCACUUGGAACUGCAGGUAGAACCUACAGCUCUUCUCUUUUAGAUGCAGCUUGGGCAAUUCUAAAGCGCUCAUUGCGACAAAAGAAGGUUCCAAAUCCUGAAUCUUACCUUGGAAAGAUUUAUGCUCUUGCAUCAUUUGGGAAUCUGCAGAGAGCCUUUACUACUCUACACGAGUUUGAAGAGGCUUAUAGGAAUUCUGAUGAUGGAGCUGGCGAAGAAAUGUUCUCUCCAUUCACCUCUUUAUAUCCAUUAGUUAUGGCAUGCUCUAAGAAGGGGUUUGAGACCCUGGACACGGUUUAUUUUCAGCUGGAAAACUUAAGCCGUGCAGAUCCACCUUACAAGUCCGUUGCUGCAUUGAAUUGUGUAAUUUUAGGAUGUGCGAAUAUAUGGGACCUUGAUCGUGCUUACCAAACAUUUGAGGCAAUUAGUUCCAGUUUUGGUUUGACCCCUGAUAUCCAUUCAUACAACGCUCUGAUGUAUGCUUUUGGAAGGCUAAAGAAGACAUUUGAAGCUUCAAGAGUGUUUGAACACUUAGUAAGUUUGGGCGUCAAACCAAAUGCAACAUCUUAUUCAUUGCUUGUUGAUGCUCAUCUCAUCAAUCGAGAUCCCAAAUCUGCUCUCUCUGCCAUAGAUGAUAUGGUAAUUGCUGGAUUUUCACCUUCAAAAGAAAUGCUGAAAAAGGUCAGAAGGCGAUGCAUACGAGAAUUGGAUUACGAUACUAAUGAUCGGGUGGAUUACCUGGCCAAAAAUUUCAAAAUUCGAAUGGGAACAGAGAAUCGUAAGGAUAUGCUGUUCAAUCUGGACUAUGGCACCAAUUAUGUUGCAUAGGCAUACAUUCCUCUUUGGACAAAUGCCCAAGCCUGCCAAAGUUCGUCUCUUCAAAAAGAAAUGUUAUCCUAUAUUUGUAAAUUAUUAGAGCCUACGAAUUUCAAUCUUGGCGGGAUGAAUGUUAGGGUCAUGCCUUUUUUUUGAAUUUUAGAUUCAAAUAUAUUUGUUUGACUGUCUUCCAAGAAAAUUAGAGAAGCAAAACUUAGUUCAGUGAUUUUGAUUCUGGUGAAUAAUAUGGCCAACUGGAGUUGAUGUCUAUGUCUCGUCAACGGUUUUCGACCUUUCAAUGUCUAUGUGUAGUGCUCAGUUCUCUGAA